GUUUCUGUCAUUCGCGUUUCAAUUGUAUUGAUUACUAUUUGUUAUUGUUUUUGAUAUUAGGCACCUGCAUGUGACUUUCUGGUAAAAAAACCUGAAGAAAAGUAAAAAUUACAGAAACGUCACAUUAAAAGUCUGAAAAACAUUCACAAACGUCAGUUGUCAUUGUCAUCUUCGGAAAAAAAACCAAAAAAGUAUGUGAAAAUUUCUUCUGAAAAUCUGAAAUCAGUGUAACUUUAGGACAUUUUAAAUUAGUAGAGGUUAUUCAAAUUAUUUCAUCAUGAUUACGAGCCAGUUAAAUAGGUUUACGUUUAGGAACAAAUGGUCUAGAAACUUCUUUAGGUCUUCGUCGACGUCUGAGGAUUCAUCCAAAGUGUUAUAUCCGUUAAAAAACCGGAGCUUGAUAAAAGUAAGCGGAUCACAUGUGUCACAAUUCCUUCAAGGCCUCAUCACGAACGACAUGAAACAUUUUGAAGAAGGUGCACAAUCAAUGUAUGCUAUGUUUUUAAAUAACAAAGGCAGAAUUUUGUAUGAUACUUUAUUACAUAAAUGGGGAGGUGACAACACAUACUUGAUAGAAUGUGACAAAAGUGUGAAUCGAUUGUUACAAAGACACCUAAAUAUUUACAAACUGAAAAAAGAUGUUAAAAUAUCAGAUGCAAGUCAACUGUUUACCUUAUGGGCACUGAUAACUCCAUUAGAUAUUGAAGAAAUAUGUGAACCUGAUGUCAUAAGAAGUAUUAGUGUAUACAGAGAUCCACGACUUGCUGAUCUUGGAUUUAGACUGAUAACUACUUCAGAUAUUGCUCAACUUGAUCUGCACUGUGCUAUAGGAAAAGAUACUGUUAUUAAGAAUACUGAUGUAGACUACCACAAUUUGAGGUAUAAACUAGGCGUAGGUGAGGGGGCUGAGGAUUUAUUCCCUGGAACUGCUUUCCCUUUAGAAUCUAACUGUGAUUACCUCCAUGGAAUAAGCUUCCAUAAAGGGUGUUACAUUGGACAAGAAUUAACUGCUCGGAUUCACCACACAGGUGUUGUCAGGAAAAGAUUAAUGCCUGUAAGAUUUUACGACAGGACGGACAGUGAAUCAUUUGAUAAAGAUGCUCCAAUAUAUGCAAGUGUUGAUCCUGGAAAAACUCAAAUAGGAAAGUUAAAAAAUAAAUCAAUUGAUUAUGGAAUAGGUUUAGUAAAAAUAAAGGAGGCACUUGAAGCUAAAGACUUGUUUAUUGGGCUAGCACCCGUUGAUAUUGUGAGGCCACAUUGGUGGCCUGUGGAGGCUCCUAAAGAAAAACACACAUUAAAAAACGAAUAUGACUCAUAGUAUAAAAUAUGAGACAAAUACCAAUGUCUUGUGAAUAAAUCUAUUCACAAAUGGAAGUCACCAAACCAAAGGAAGAGCAAACAGUUUAUGAUUUCAAGUGUACAUCAUGUGGAAUUGAUGAGAAAGCUCAUUACAAAGGAACAAAUCCUCCAUUUUCACGCAAUAUUGUACUAAAGUAUCCAAGUUAUGUAAUGAAAGAUCCCUUUAGUCCACCAGGAAAGGGAGAAAUACUUGUUCUUGGAUCUGACUGCACAAUUUGUGAUAAACCUGUUUGUGUCAAUAAAGAAUGUAGUUUAUUUUAUAAAAAAGUAUAUUGUCUAAGUUGUGCUAAUGAAUCUGUAGAUAAAUUUCCUAUCGAAAUAAAAAAUAAAUUAGUGCAAAUAAAAAAUAAGUAAGUUAUAAAAAA